UUUACACCGCAUACAUCAGUAUUACCAUCUGAAGAUGCGUUAUAAUUAGCCUGGAGAGAAAUCAUCAGCAUCGUCUGUUGUGAUCUGACAAAGACAGACGUACUGGUUGGAUUUGGGUUUUAAUUACUGGAGGGACACACUAAACAUCGUCGAAACGGAGAAGUAGACACAAUGUCGUCGGAAAAACACGGAUUGGAGGAGGCAGCGGGGAGGCAGGCCAUGUCUCAGCCGAUGAUGCAGAUGGCUCCGCCUCCCUACCUCCCCAACCAGGACCCCAACAUGCCCCCACAUCCCCCUCCACCUGGCUGUGGCCCACAGCCGAACUACCCCCCUCCCCCUCCUCCUCCUGGAUCAGAGGGGUACAUGCAGGAAACCCAGUUCCACUGUGGCACCCUCGGGCCCCAGGGAGCUCCAAACGGAUACCCGGUGCAGACGCACGGACCAGUAGGCACCGUCCCUCAUCCUCCAGUGGGCUAUAUACAUCCAGGAUACCCCCUACAACUGCAGCCCUGCACGGCCUACGUGCCUGUCUAUCCCAUAGGCACAGGGGCACAGCCUUACAUGCCUAAUGGUGCACCUCAUCCAGGUGUUGCUCCCGGCCAGAUGGCCAUGCAUAUGCCAAAUGGCAUCGCUCUGAUGGAGUCUCGUCGUCCUCCCCACGACUACCUGCCCAUCGCUGUCCUCACCACUGUCUGCUGCUUCUGGCCCACAGGGAUAAUUGCCAUCAUCAAAGCCGUGCAGGUGCGUACUGCUAUUGCUCGGGGCGACAUGGUUACAGCAGAGAUUGCUUCACGCGAGGCACGUAACUUCUCCUUCAUCAGUCUGGCAGUGGGAAUCGCCUCCAUCGUGUUGUGCACCAUACUCACCGUUGUGGUCAUCAUCGCCUCUCAGCACCAUGAUGACGACUGGGAGCCCUAG